AAUCUUAUAAUUGUAGCAACUAUAUCAGUAACACUAUAUAUGAUGCUUCGCCUUCUCGUCCUUAUUCUGGAGCAUUUUUACCAGAUUACAAUGUAACACCUAGUACGGAAACAACAAUUAUUGAUCUUGAUAUAUUUAUCGUGGAUCCAGCAUAUAACAAAUAUGAUCCUAAUUUACGUGAUCAAUCAAUGCUUACUCCGUAUGAUCUAUCACUUACUACGAAAAAUGCGUAUUUUUUAUCACAACCUAAAAGACUUGGUUUAUUCUCUCCAUGGGGUUUUGUACAAAAAUUGAAACCAUUCAGAAAACAAUAUGAAACAACCCUCUUGCCAUUUACGGCGGAUUCAUCAUCCGACGAACUUGAUACCGAAGAAAAAUCUGAUAUCAAAGAACAUGGAAAUGCUUCAAUACUAAAACGACUCGAUAACUUAGAAAAAUUUCUUCAAUUCUAUAUUGAUACUUCAUUAUUACCUUCUGUUAAAACGGAUGCGUCUCUUACUGAUGAAAAAAAAUAA